CAGAAGUAUCAUUCACUCAUUUCGUCCUCAACAAGACACACAAACCAACUAAACAAAAUGUGCAAACUGGUGAUCUUCGCUGCUCUCUUCGCCGUCGCGGCCGCCAAGCCCGGUAUCCAUUCCGUGGCCUACUCCGCACCUCUGGUAGCGGCCCCAGUCGCUGCAGCCUACACUGCUCCCGUAGCGGCCGCGUACACUGCUCCCGUAGCCGCCGCGUACACCGCCCCUGUAGCCGCUGCAUACACCGCCCCGUAUGCCUACUCAGCACCUCUCGUAGCUGCUGCCUACAAAGCUCCAGUCCUACUCAAGUAAAACGAAGACUAUG